AUGGGGAAGAUUAUCUUCUAUGAGGACAAGAACUUCUCUGGGCGCCAUUUUGAGUGCAGCAAUGAAUGUGCGGACCUGAUGUGCCACAUUUGCCGCUGCAACUCCAUCAAGGUGGAGAGCGGCAGCUUCAUGAUCUAUGAAAAACCUAACUAUACUGGAAACCAGUACUACCUGAGAAGAGGGGAGUAUCCUGACUAUAAUUCCUGGCUGAGUGUCAACGACUCUGUCAGCUCCUGUCACCUCAUCUCCCCGGAGCCUGGGUCGUUCAACGUGCGCCUGUAUGAACGGAUCGAGUUCGGAGGUCAGAUGAUGGACCUGGUGGAUGACUGUCCCAACGUCAUGGACCGCUUCCACAUAAACGACAUCUUCUCCUGCAACGUGACCAAUGGCAACUGGCUCUUCUACGAGCACCCAAACUACCGGGGCAGGAUGUACCUGAUAAGGCCUGGAGAGUACAAGAGGUUCAGUGAGUGGGGUGGCAGGAACGCCAGGGUCGGCUCCAUCAGGCGCAUCAUGGACUAUUGA